AUGGCUACUACUGGUAUCUACUGGUGUCUUGUAUUGACUGAUCUCUUUUUGCUAUCAUCUGGAGCAGAGUUAGUUCAAACCUCUCCAUCUUAUUAUCCUAUCUGUCCCAAUGAUGAACUAGUACUUACUUGUGUAGCUAGUGGAACUGGUAAUACCUUUUGGAGAAAUGAUAGUACUGGCAUUGCAUCAAUACUAAAUAAUAAUAUAAGAUCAACUGUGCGAGAUGCUAUUACACUCAAUGUCAUUAGUAUUAUGGAUAAUACUGUUACAAGUACUGGUACUUUACAAUCAGAUGCUAUAACAUUACGUCCUCCUAUUGAGCAUUACAUUAUUAAUGUAUACAUUACAACAAUUUGUAUUAAUAGUUGUUCUGUGUACAGUUAUAAUGUAACAGAUACUAAUACUACUAUUACUGGACUAUCUCCUAUUAAUGAAUACUACAUUGUUACUAUCAUACCUGUUAAUGUUAUUGGAUAUGGACCAUCAGUCACUGUUAAUGUCAGUAUAACCACUACUACAUCAAGUAUCACUAACAUUAUGAUUAGUACUACUGAGUAUAUCACAACAAAAGAUAAAAGCUCAGCUAUGACAGCAUUACCAACAAUCACAAUUACAAUAACUGAAACAAUAAUAAGCAGUUACAUUGAGAGUUAUGCUUCAUGUAAUACUACAGGAACUCCACAAUCAACAGAUGUAGGAUUCAUUAGUGUUGCUAUUGCCAUACCUAUCACUGGUCUAUUAACUGGACUCAUUACUGCAAUAAUUACUAGUAUCAUUGUAUGUUUAAUAAUGAAAAAGAGAGGGACUACAAUACAAAAUAAAACUCCGGUAGGAGGAGAAGGAGAAGCAGCAGUUAUUGGUCCAAUAUAUGAUCUACCAACAAUCAAUACUGAACAACAAGAACAAAUUAUUGAUACUAAACUCAACACUGCAUAUGGGCAGACUAAUUUAUAAAAUAAAAAAUCAACAAUCUCUAUAGAUCUAUUUUUUAUAUUCAAUG